ACCUUCCACGUAACCUACUUGUCACUCUAGCCUUUUCUCGGCUUUCUCUCUUCCCUAUCGUCCUUUCCUCGUUCCGAUUCUGUGCAACUGCAAGUGCGACCUCUCAAUCCAAAUCCUCAACGACGCUGCUUUGCAAUCGAUUAUUUUAUGAAUGUGAAAUCAUAGUUUUAUUACGUUUCUCUUCUGAUUUCAAUUCUUCAAACCACGGAGCUGUAUCGUGGAUUUUAAUCAUGGCUAAUUGGAUCUCCUCCAAGCUUAAAGCGGCCGAGAGCAUUCUCCAGCAGAUCGAUCAGCAAGCGGCGGAGUCGCUUAAAAAGGGGGAAAGGCCUCCAGCUGUGGAUUAUUUGGAAGCCGCUGGAAAAGCUGGAGAUAUUUUGCCUUUGAAGGAUCAACUCAAGAAGAAGAAUCAAGUAGAUAACGAUUAUCGUGGAAAAUUGCGAAGUGAUCUAAGUUUGAAUGUGAGUAGAAGCCAGGAUAAUGUGAUUUCUGCCUCAUCAAAACCCUCGCCGUCGUCAAAAUCACCUACUGUAAAGGACAGUGACUGGACCGAACUGCUCGGUACACCUUCAACUUCGCCUGCAUCCCGCAGUAAUGGAGCAUCUUCAAUUCGUGGGGCGAAGAGAGAAAGUCGCGGACCAAGUAAUGCAGGUUCAAAUAUGUCGGUGCUGGAUUUCAAGAAAACUCAGAACAACGCUAAUAGCAACAAGUCUGUUGGGGAAAGAAAGAAAUUGAACAGGAAGGCAAGUGAUGUGGAUGAAUCUAAUAUUUCAGUUUCGUUGGGGACAAGUUCAAGAGUAGAUCCAAUAAUUGACAAAAAUGUUACGCAUUCUGAAGGUCAAGAAAUGGACAAGAAGGAAGCUGGAGGCAAUAUUUUUGUUGAAGCAAAAAGUUUGGAAAAAAGGGAAGUUGGUGGGAAUUUUGAUUCCAAGGGUUUUUCUUCAGAGGAUUCUGUGCUGACAAUAAAAAAUGAUCAAUCCUCUGAAACAGUGGGGAAUACAGAUCAAACUAAAAGGAUAUCUCAUACAAAUACCAUUCUGAAAGAUGCUCAAAGUCAUCGAGAAAGUGUUGUUUCUGGGAAAUAUAAAUCAGAUGAAGUUUCUCGUAGUUCUAUAUCUGAUGAUGUGAGAAAAGAGUGGACAGGGUCUUCAACUAGUGAUGGGAGUUCUGGUUCAGAUUCAGACUCGGGUUCAGCUUCUGAUUCUGAAAUUGAACGUGAGAGGGAAGAAAUUAAAAGGAGGAGGCAGAAAAUUAUGGCUGAGAAAGCAGCAGCCAAAGCCAUGGAGGCUAUCAAAGAACAGGAAGACUUGGUGGCUAGACUGGAAGGCGAGAAGCAGAGCCUUGAAAAAAUACUGGAGGAUCGAGCAAGAAAGCAAGCAGAAGAGGCUACAGAGCUGCAGACAUCUAUGAUGGAAACGAUGGAGGCUGUUGAGCUUGAGAAGCAGAAGCACAAUGAAACCCGUAGAGAAGCCCUUGCAAUAAUGGCCAAGCUUGAGACUGAAAAUGCCUAUCUUGCAAGAACCCUUGCUUCUGUACAAUGGAAUCUUGAGUUAGAGGGUAACCGGGUUGCUGGACUUCGACAGCAGAUUGAAUUGAAAGAAACAGCUCAUGAAGAACUGAAGAGGAGGAUUGCAAGCUCUCAUCAAGCUGGAACAUCAACAAAACCAUUGGCUUUUAAAGGAAUCGAAUUUGAAUUGGAGAUUCUCGAGGCAGAGCACUCUCUCAUCACUGAUAAAGUCCUCCAAUUGCAAGAGAAGGGGAAAAAGUUGGAAGAAAACAUAGCGUUGAUGAGAAAAGAGAUGGAGGAACCAACUGAAGUUGAGGUUGAACUCAAGAGAAGGCUUGGCCAGAUGACUGACCAUUUAAUUCAGAAACAAGCUCAGGUGGAGGCACUGUCUUCAGAGAAGGCAACCCUUCUCUUCAGAAUUGAGGCCGUGACAAGGCAGCUAGAAGAAAGCAAAUCAAUGAACAUGAGUGACAUUUCGAGGGACUUGGAGUCUGGGAAAUGGGAGCUUUCAGGUUCAAAACUGAGACCGAUGUUAGAAGGAAAGAUCGACUCGGGGAAGAAACACCUAGGAUCAUUGAUCCUGCAGCUGGAUGCAAUAUAUGUAGCCGGAAUGGUGUUUAUAAGGAGAAACCCUACAGCUAAAUUGUGGUCAGUAGUUUACCUUGUAUUCCUUCAUUUAUGGGUACUUUACAUUCUCAUGUCACACUCUCAAGUAGACACACACACCAAGUCUGGUGCUGUUAUUUCCUUGGAAAACAUCAAUGCCUCUUCACACAUGUGAUUUUGUUUAGUCUCUUAUUUCUUGGAACCACAAAAACACAUAGAUCCCUCUCUUUUCAUUACUUUAUACUAAUAUAACUUUUUUUA